CCAAGAUAACGUAUCGUAAUAGUUCUACCGUUUUAUUAAGAAAUCGGGGAAAGUUUAGCUUAAUAAAUGACGUAAUGAGAGUCCAUCUAUCUAAAUUAGCAAAACUUUAUAUACUAUAGUACAUCGAAUGCACAUGAUUCACAGGAUAUGUUUGUAAAUCAUUUUAUAUCCGGUGGUGUAUUCGAUAACGAAACAACAGGGAAAAAGAAAAGAACAGUAUGGCAUUUAUCAUAUUAACAUUUUAUUUCCUUGUGGGACAAGUAUUUGGACAGAAACAAUGUAACCUCAAACAAGCAGAGCAGUGUGCUGUUAGCCUACAGUCUCAGUUCGAUGAAGCAUACAUGGAAUAUGAGAGACAAGAUGUACACAAAAAUACCAAGAAAUUCACAGAUUUAUGCAAGUCCGUUAUUGUUGGUAAUAAUAUCACUAAAUGGUAUGACGAGAAAAUCAAAAUGUGUGAUGAAACAGCAGCUAAGUAUGUCAAGACGCAGUGGACUGACACUAUGAAGGAUAUUCAAGUGUUCUGCAAUGACUCGGUAUGUACACAUUUCCAAGACUUACAGAAUUGCAAAUUAAAAAUAUAUGAAAGUGGAAUACAAAACGGACAAGUAAAGAAAUUUUGUAGAACAUUUAAUGAAAGUGUGGUUUGCGCAAAUGAGAUAUUAAGGGAUUCUUGCUUAUUCGAUAUCACAUUUUACUAUUCUAUGCUAUCCAGAACAUCUAAAUCCUACUAUAACAGGGCUUGUUUAUCAGGAUGUACAACCUUAGAUGAAACCAUUAAAGCUAUUAACAGUUGUUGGGAUAUUCAUUAUAAUGAUUCACUUAGCAAUUGUCAAAAGCAUAAUAAUUUCAAGACUUGUUUAUACGAAAAGGCAAAGAUAUGUGAAGAAGUUAACAAACUACUUCCAAGAACAAUACAAUAUGCUGAGCGCGAAGUGAUGUGCACAACUACUACAUCCACAACGACAACACAUAUUCCUUUAACGACAACAAAGAUUCCACUUACGACAACACAGAUUCCGCUGACGACAACACAAAUUCCUUUUACGACAGCACAAACUCCACUUACGGCAAUGAGUACGACAUCUGAAAUACCAGCCACAACAAUAGCUAUAACAACUGCUGAAGAACAAUUAAAGUUGACAACCGACUCUCUUAUUUUCACUUCUAACAUGAAAAGCAGUAAAACGUUUACCACAAAACGUGUUACGCAGGAAACCAAUAUUCCAGCCUUGACCAGUGAUGAUGAAAUACGCCAUAUCAUUGGAAAUUGUUUAGCACAUGUGAAAGACCAGUCAUCACUUAAGGCCUUGCAUAUCAACUUUGAAACUUGCAUGUCUGUUUUUAAAGUAUACUCUUGCUUACAUUCAAAUAUAAGCAUGGGGAAAGAUAUUCUUAUCUUAAACGAGUUACUACCGCAAAGUAUCUUUAACUUCACAGAAGAUGUGUUCGACAAGUGCCACCAGCUGAUUAACAAUUACCAUUCGUAUAUUCAACGAGUAGAAUCAUCAUGUGGAAGACCCAAACCAAAAACCAUUGGAUGUACCGGUCAUAAUUAUGGCUUGAUGGACUGUGAUUCUAGUGUAGGUGGAAUGCGCGUCACUGGUUUUGUACAUAUAGUAAAUAUAUUAACGUUAUUAUAUAAUUUGAUGUAAUUCAAUACAAACAAUAUUUUACAUGUUCAAACAAUUGAAUUUUCAAAUAUGAUAUUUUUUGGACUCAUUGUUAACAUUAUUAUAUUGAAAGAUUAUUUGCUUCCACACUGCACGAUCAAUUUGCAUGUGCAUAAACUAUAUAUUUCGAUAGAAAUCAAAUGAAGAUCGAGAUAGUAAAAUUCUCUCCCGCCAUACUUUUCUAAAUUUAUAAAGCAUUUUUCUUGUUAAGUAUAAAUAAGACAAGUGCAUAAAAGAGGGACGAAUGAUACCAGAGGUACAGUCAAUAAUAUAGCAUAAGGACACGCAGAAAUUGCAUGUAACAAACGAGUAGAUACAGUUUUUACCGACUGCCAAGACUGUUGAAUGCUUUAAUCCAUAUGGAAAAAAAAAUCUCAAAUAUAUGCAGUGUUUCAUAAUAAUAUGAGUACGAACUUUUUAUAAUUUGAUAAUACAUGGCAAACCAACAUUCAAACUGAAUUUUUUUUGAAAAAGUAGCCAAACUUUCAAACUGUUUUGGUUGAGACAUACAUAUAUAAAAAAAAAAAGGAAUUGAAAUGAAAUGAAAUGAUAUAGAAAUACAGGCACCAACAUUAAUAUUUCUGUACACAUUCUAACAACAUUCCAUGACGCAGCGAAAUACAUUUAAAAAAAAUUUAAUUGAUACAGAACUUUAUCUAAAUUUAUCAUACUACCAGCAACAAGCUAAAUAUAUAUAAAAUAAUACUACUAUAAGUUAACACAGGAAAAAUGUUACAACGAAAAAUAAUACAAUACAUUUCUUAUGUAUAUAUAGAUAAUCAUUAUAAUUUAAAAACAACAUUCAGUAUCAGCUCAUUUUUGCGAAUUUUACGAAAAUGUGACCACUGGUUGUAUGUUGGUAAAUAACUAUGCAUGUCAUUUAGUGCAAACGAGAGAGAGUGAGUAUUUUAGCAUUGUUAAUUAAAUCAUGCACAUAACUGAGUACAUUAUUAGUGUACAUUAUAUAAUCUGCACACGUAUGAGUGCUAGCAUAAAAUGAGAUAAUCGCCACAAUUAUAUGUAUUCUAGUUCUGUAUUAGGUUUCUGAUUUUGUAUAUUUUUAUGUCAUGGUUUAUUUUGUCUUGUAUGUUGCUUUUGUCUUUUCAAUGUGUAAAUUAAUGAUAUGACGAUUAUUGUAUUCUGACUUGUUUCGUUUGUUCGUGUAUGUUGUGAUGUUGCUAUUGUUUCAGAAAAAGGGUGAAGGUUUGGUACCAUUAAAACAUUUAAUUCCGCUGCAAAUGUUUGCACCUGUCUUAAGUCAGGAAUCUGAUGUACAGUAGUUGUUGUUUGUUUAUGUAAUUUUUAUGUGUUUCUCGUUUUUUAUAGAUUAGACCGUUGGGUUUCCCGUUUGAAGGGUUUUACACUUGUAAUUUUAGGGUCCUCUAUAGCUUUUUGUUCGGUAUGAGCCAGGGCUCCACGUUGAAGGCCGCACAUUGACCUAUAAUGGUUUACUUUUUGUAAAUUGUUUUUUGGAUGAAGAGUUGUCUCAUUGGCACUCACACCACAUCUUCCUAUAUCUAUAUAAGAUUACAUUAAAGUUUUUUGUAGUCCGUUGUAUGCCUCUAAAAAAAUGCUAUUCAUGAUGGUAAUGAAUAUGAAUAUAACAAGUUUAAUGUAAAAAUGAAGAAUAGCACAAAAGCAAAUGAAAAUGGUCGAGUCUCUUAUGGUGAAAUAACUAUGAAUUAAGUUCAAAUUACUACUCCAACCGAAACGUCAAUCUCAUUCGUCUAUUUAAGUACAACAAUUGAUAUUCUAAAAAAAAAUCGAACCACAUUACACUAUUAAGAAUAAGGAAGAAAAGAAAUUAAGUUUAUCAUAGCUUUGUCGAUCAACUCAAAGUUUUUUGAGAAAAUAAUUGUAUUGUAAAUGUUGGGGAAACGGAAAAUCUAUAUUUGUGUUGCAUUAAAUAUAAAUAAAAGUAUGGAGUUAUCUUCAAUUUUAUAAAAUCAAAUUAUAUAUUGCAUUUAAAAGAUCUUAUCUACAAAAUGAAAUAAAAACUUAAUGAAUAUUAAAUUCAGUAUAAGGAAUCACACUCGCAUCAAAGAGAGAGACCGAUACGAGGAAAAACUAACGAGCAUUGAAAGUAAAAAGAUAGUCUUGCAAAUUGCCUGACUAGAUUACGGAUAAGUAUGUUAGUUCUAGAACUGUUCUGUUUGUAGUCCAUUUACAAUACACACCAUAUAUACAAAAAUAUCAGAAUAACGUUUUAGCUGAUAUCAUGAGAAAGGGUUAUGAGCAGUAAUGAUGUAUUUACUCCACGAUUUUUUUUUGUUAGAUGGAGAGUAUUUUAGACAUGAUAUGAUAAAGUUAAAUGGGAUGACUUUUAUUAAACUUUUAUUGUGCAGCGUUGAUAUUAACACCUCUGCUGUGUAUCACCAUAUUAAGAAAAAGUACAGUUAUCUUUCUUUAUGCAUAAUUUUUUACAAAUCAACGCACUCAGUAUAGAAACAUUUUGGAUUGAUAUGUACACAUUUGUGAAUCAGCAGUGUUUAUAUUUUUUUUCAUGAUUAUUUUGUAUGUAAAGGUAUUUGUCAUAAGAGUCAAUAAAGAUAUUUUGUAAAAAUUA